AUGGGCUUGGCGUUCCUGGAGCCGAGACGCGGGUUGAUGUUUGCCGCGAGGAAGUCGCAGGCCUCCGUGGCCAGGUUGAUCGGAAUCCAGGACCCGGGGUGGCGAUGGGACUGGAUCGCGGGGGAGAGGCCGCCUCCCCCGAGGUGCAUAGCGGCGGUCGUGAACGACCAGGACGAUGCCAUGCACCCGCGGUGUCUGACGCAGCUGGCGAACCUCGCGGUGUGGUGCACCGAGGAAGGAAUAGGACAUGUCUCCAUGUACGAUCAAGACGGGAGCGUGCGCGCGGGCAAGGAGCGGCUGGUGGAGGCGGUGGUGAGGGCGACGGUGGAAGGGCACCGGAGGAACAGAUUUCACAGGAUGAGGGCGUGCACCUACGAGGUCAGGACCGUCGACGACGACGGGACCGUGCGCGUCGCCGCGAGGUUCACGUGCGGAGGUGCGGCGACGAACAAGUGGGCGGAGCUCUUCGGCAUGGGCAAGCCGUCCGAGAAACACUCUCCGGGCGACUCUCCGCGCUCGGCGCCAAUGACGACGACGGUGGACCUGCUCCGAGGCGGCGACGGCAGAGCCGCGCUGCUGGAGGCGGCGAGGCGAUGGCGCGACGAGAAACAAGACCGCGACGGCAAACAAGACCGCGACGGCGUGGCCCCGUCGGGGAGUGACGAUUCGAUCACGCCGCGGGAGCUGGAGGCAUGGAUGGAGCGGACGGGGCGGCUUCUUCCGGCGGUGGAUUUGGCGAUUGUCUUUGGAAAACAUUUCCACGCGUCGGCGUAUCCGCCGUGGCAGCUGCACAGGGCGGAGAUUUACCACGUGGACAGGGGUCUGUGGGGGUUCACGCGCAAGGGCCUGAGGCGGGUACUACGUCGAUACUCCAAGACGGCGCAGAGGUUCGGCAAGUAG